AUGUCGACCAGCCUUCUGUCCACGCACCGGUCAGAUCCUCCGGGGCAUCCGGCACCCGACGCCAACUACGUCGACGCCGACACCCUCCGCACCACCUUUGCGCUUGCCAUGUCGGCAAUGUACAAGUCCGAGGUGCCUCUCUACGGCGACCUCAUCCAAAUCGUCCAAACCAUCAACAAAAAUGCCCAGACCAAAAAACGACACGGGCUCGACGGCUCCGCGACAAUGCAAGCCAGCGUCGAGCGCCUCACCCUCGAGCGGCACGGCGCAAUCCGCCUCGGCACCCCCCACGAACUCCACACCGUCCGGCGCAUAUUCGCCCUCCUCGGCAUGCACCCCGUCGGCUACUACGACCUCUCCGUAGCCGGCCUGCCCAUGCACGCCACCUGCUUCCGCCCGACGUCCACGCGGUCCCUGGAACGCAACCCCUUCCGCGUCUUCACCACGCUCCUCCGCCCCGAGCUGCUCACGUCCGGCACGGCGCGCGUCGUCGCCCUGGCGCUCCUGGCCAGACGGAAACUCUUUAGCGACGCCCUCUUGGAGCUUUUGACGACCGCCGAGGAGGUCCAGGACGGUCGUCUGACGCCGGAGCAAGGGGAGCGUUUCGUGGUCGAGGCGAUUCGCACAUUCAGCUGGCAGCCUCUGGCGGCGGCGACCCACGAGGAAUACGCUCUCUUGCGCAGCGAGCAUCCUAUCCUGGCCGACAUUGCCUGCUUUCGGUCGUCACACAUCAAUCACCUCACACCCCGGGCCCUGGACAUCAAUGCCGCGCAGGAAGCCAUGCUCGCUGCCGGUAUGGCGGUCAAGAGCCGCAUCGAGGGCCCGCCGCUGCGCCAGUGCCCGAUCCUGUUGCGUCAGACGAGCUUCCUUGCUCUCCAGGAGGGGAUUCGCUUCGCAGUGUCGGGAAGAGACGAGUUCGUGGACGGCUUCCACAAGGCGAGGUUUGGAGAGAUUGAGGAGAGGGGCGCCGCCGUGACACCUGCUGGUAGGAGGCUGUAUGACGAGCUGUUGGAGGAGGCAAUGGCCACGGCACAAGAAAAGGGAGAGCCUGCUGACGCUGGAAUCGUGGACGAGAUUUUUGCAAAGGUCUUUGAAAAGUACCCGGAUGAUUGGGAUGAGCUGCGACGGCAGGGACUCGUCUACUCGGAAUACCGGUGCACCAAAACCGCCAAAGAGAAACUUCGAAGCCUCGCUGACCUCGACGCAGCGGAUCCCGCUUCUCUUUUGGAUCGGUUGGUCUCUGAGGGCGUGCUGGAAGCGCUGCCCAUCACGUACGAGGACUUUUUGCCCUUUUCGGCUGCUGGGAUUUUCCAGUCAAACCUUCAAUCCGGCACCGGCUCGAGGGAAGCUACGAUGGGCGGCAAUGAGGAGUUGACGGGGCCGGAUGUGGAUGGGUACGAGAAGGCGCUGGCGAGAGAGAUUCUUGACGCGAACGAGUUGUAUGCGCAGGCCCAGAUGAAGAGUUUGCAGACCUGCGCGGAGGAGCUGGGUCUGAGUAUGGGCAUGAUUCCUCGAAUUUGA